AAACGCUCGCCGUUGGCCUCUUAUGAUAGAUCCGCAAGGACAAGCCAAUAAAUGGAUUAAAAAUCUUGAAAAGAAUAAUCGUCUAUGUGUAAUACGUCUAAAUCAACCCGAUUAUACCAGAGUACUAGAAAAUGCUAUACAAUUUGGUUUGCCUGUGCUUCUAGAGAAUAUAGGAGAAGAAUUAGAUCCAUUACUUGAAUCGAUUUUACUUAAGCAACUAUUCAAGCAAGGCGGUACACUAUGUAUUAAACUGGGCGACUCGGUUAUAGAAUAUAAUCACAGUUUUAAAUUCUAUAUGACUACGAAAUUACGCAAUCCCCACUAUUUACCAGAAGUCGCGGUUAAGGUAACGCUACUUAAUUUUAUGAUUACCACACAAGGUUUACAAGAUCAGCUAUUGGGCAUAACGGUAGCUAGAGAACGACCCGAUUUGGAGGCUGAAAAGAAUACACUUAUUGUACAGGGUGCAGAAAAUAAGCGCAUGCUCAAAGAAACUGAAGAUCAAAUAUUGGAAGUACUUUCGUCAGCUGAAAACAUUUUAGAGGAUGAAACUGCUGUACAAAUUCUAAGCUCAUCAAAGGCCUUGGCCAAUGACAUCAAUGAGAAACAGAUUAUAACCGAAGCCACCGAAAAACAAAUUGAUAUUGCUCGCUUGAGUUAUGUACCAAUAGCGGAGCAUUCAACAAUAUUAUUUUUUACUAUUGUUGAAUUGGCCAAUAUUGAUCCAAUGUAUCAGUACAGUUUGGCAUGGUUUGUCUCACUGUUCACAGCAUCCAUUGAUAAUACGGAAAAAGUUGAUGACAUAACGGAGCGUCUAAACGAUUUACGGGCACAUUUUACAUAUAGUCUGUACGUGAAUAUAUGUCGCAGUUUGUUUGAGAGAGAUAAACUAUUAUUUUCAUUAAUUUUGAAUAUAAAUCUUAUGAAAUCAGAGGGUAAAAUCGAUAAUGCCGAAUGGAUGUUUCUGCUAACGGGCGGCAUAGGUUUGGACAACCCACACAAAAAUCCAGCCAAAUGGUUGGGCAUACAAAGUUGGAAUGAAAUAUGCCGUUUAUCGGAGUUGAGUAAUUUCAAAGGAUUACGUGAAGAUGUGGUGACUAAUAUAGAGCAAUGGAAAUUGCUAUUUGACUCGGCCACACCACAAGAUAAUGAGGCCAUUCCUGUGCCAUGGCAAAAACGUUUGACUUUGUUUCAGAAAUUAUUGCUGCUGAGAGUUUUUAGACCCGAUAAAUUAGUGCCUGCUAUAUUGGGUUUUGUGGCCUCGGAAAUGGGUGAAAAGUUUGUAGAACCUCCCCAAUUUGAUUUGGCCGCCUCAUUUGCUGAUUCUCAUUGCUGUAUACCUCUGAUAUUUAUAUUGACUCCUGGUUCAGAUCCUACUGCUACCUUAUUGAAAUUCGCUGAUGAACAGGGUUUUGGCAGUAAUCGUUUGUUCUUAUCUUUGGGCCAAGGUCAGGGACCCAUAGCGGUUAAAAUGAUAGAUGAAGGUGUAAAAUUGGGCAAUUGGGUGGUUUUACAAAAUUGUCAUUUAGCCAAAAGCUUUAUGCCUCAACUGGAAAAGAUUUGUGAGGGCAUGGUACCCGAUUCCACACAUCCCGAUUUUCGUUUAUGGCUGACUUCCUAUCCGGCAGAACAUUUCCCGGUUGUGGUAUUGCAAAAUGGCAUAAAAAUGACCAAUGAACCACCCAAAGGUUUAAGGUCCAAUGUGGUGCGUUCUAUGCUGUCAGAUCCCAUUUCAGAUCCGGAGUGGUAUGAGUCUUGUAAACAAAAUCAAACCUUUAAGCAGCUCAUAUAUUCCCUAUGCUUCUUUCAUGCGGUUAUACAAGAGCGUCGCUACUUUGGGCCCAUAGGCUGGAAUAUACCCUAUGAAUUCAAUGAAACCGAUUUGCGUAUAAGUUUAAUGCAACUGAAAAUGUUUUUGGAUCAAUAUGAGGGGGUCAACUAUGAUGCCUUGAGAUAUUUAACGGGAGAAUGUAAUUAUGGUGGCCGUGUUACCGAUGAUUGGGAUCGUCGUACUUUGAAGACUAUACUUAAUAGAUAUUAUUGUCCGGAGGUGUUGGAUCUAGAGACGCCAUUUUAUUUUGAUGAUAAGCAGAUUUAUUAUAUACCAGUGUUCAAGGAAGUGGAAAAUUAUAUCAACUAUACCAAGGAGUUACCGCAACAGACUGUACCGGCCAUAUUUGGUUUUCAUGCUAAUGCGGAUAUUAUGAAGGAUCAACAGGAAACGGAUAUGUUGUUAAGUCAUACUCUAUUAACACAGCGGGCCGAUGCUAAUGAUGAUGCCGAGGGCGGCGGAGAACGUUUGUCACCCGAAGAGGUUGUCAUAAAUGUAGCCACCGAUAUUUUGCAACGUUUACCCAAAGAUUUUGAUCGUGAUGCAGCGCUCUAUCGUUAUCCUACCAGUUAUCAUCAGAGCAUGACGGUGUUAGUUCAGGAAAUGGUACGUUUUAAUGUCCUCUUAUCGACAAUACGUUAGUUGGUUACAUUACGCAAAGCUAUUAAAGGUUUAGUUGUAAUGUCUGCCGCUUAUGAAUCGGUUUACAAAUCGAUUUUAAUCAGUAAAAUUCCUGCUAUGUGGGCUUCCAAAUCCUACCCCAGUCUAAAGCCUUUAGGUGCUUACAUCACUGACUUCCUGCGUCGUUUAGCAUUUUUACAGAAAUGGUACGAAGAAGGUCCACCCACCACCUAUUGGCUUUCGGGAUUUUUCUUUACUCAAGCAUUCCUAACUGGAGCACAACAGAAUUUUGCCCGAAAAUAUGUUAUACCCAUCGAUUUACUCGUUUUCGACUAUGAAGUCUUGCGUAUUGAAGAAGAUCAAAUUGCCGGUGUAAAUGCACCCGAAGAUGGUGUUUAUGUUUAUGGUAUAUUUCUAGAAGGAGCCAGAUGGGAUCGCAUUGAAAACUAUUUAGCUGAAUCACAUCCACGUGAACUGUUCGAUCGUAUGCCUUUAAUAUGGAUGAAACCAGUAAAGAAAUCCGAUCUUAAAGCUAGACAUAUUUAUGUAUGUCCUCUCUACAAAACGGCCGAAAGGCGUGGUGUACUCUCUACCACGGGUCACAGUACAAAUUUUGUGGUUGGCAUGCUUUUGGAAUGUAAUCCAAACACAGAUACUUCACAUUGGAUUAUUAGGGGGACAGCUUUGUUGUGUCAGUUGAGUUUUUAGUUUCAAAUUUUUCAGUGUAUUUUGUUUUCUUUAACAAAUUAUUUUAUUUUUUAAUAAAUAUUGAAUUUGU